GUCAAGUCACAACAAUCCCUAGAGAGUCCACUUGGAGGACUGUGGGGGAACACAUGACUAGCUUGGUUUCCUGUUCCUCCACAUGCAAAUGAGUUGGGGAAGUGGCAGAUAAAUUCACUAGCGAGAAGCCAUUUCCUCCUCUUGGACCAGACCUCUUGGACUACACACAUCUAAGAAGCAACAUCUUAGUGAGUCUCCCUCUAGACUUCCAGCCCAGAGAGAGAUGAGAUGGAGUCUCACUUCCUAUAAGUGAACUUCACAUGUAUAUAUCACUUUUUACCUAAGCCAGUCUACCGUUUGAGUGUGCUAUACCUCGAGAUGCUUAAAGAAGUUACCUUAAUUUCACCCGGAGGCCGGUCUUCCACAUCUACGUCCUGCUGAUGGCCUCUAUCCUGGGAGCUGCUGUUUUCUUCAUAGUGGCUCUUUCCAAAGCAACAACACUUUCAGCAGAACUGAGUGAAAUGAUUGAUGAGAGUCCAAAGCCACGAACUGAACAUGAUUAUGAAUUGUUCCCAUGCAAUCCUGACACUAGAGAAUGGGAAUACCACAAUGGAAAAUGCUACUACUUCUCCCUGCAGAAAACUAACUGGAUGCAGGCCAGGGAUGAUUGCGCUGUCAGAAAUUCAAAGCUGGUUGUCAUUGAUAGUAUGCCUGAACAGAAUUUCCUUAUGACCCGGACCAGGAAUGACCGUUAUUGGAUGGGCCUCACGGACAGAGAUGCUGAAGGACUCUGGAGAUGGAUUGAUGGCAGCAAUUACUACUCGGGCUUCACGUACUGGAAGCCAGGGGAACCGAAUAACAGUGGGAACGAGGACUGUGCACAUCUCUGGGGUUCUGGGGAAUGGAAUGAUGUCUACUGCAGCUAUCUGUGCUACUACAUCUGUGAGAAGCCCAUGCCAAGUGGGAAGCAUGGCAGGGGGACCUAAGCACUUCGGCUGAACUUUACCCAGGCAGGCAUCAGAGGCUCAGUGGUCAGGCGCUGCAGGAUCUCCCCACACGGAAAUGUCACUUCCCCAACAUAAUCAAAGAGGUGCUCUAAAGAUAACUUUAGUUUUAAAACCAUUUGACCAUUUUUUGGUUAACUCCUGGCUGAUGCGAGAUUUCUGCUCUUUAAUUGAUUUGUAACCUCAGCAGCAGCUAUGCCAAAUGGAUUUGAUAGGCUUUCACUUUGUAUAUCUUGAAGCUUGGCUUGACACUGAAAUAAAACCCCAAGUGGGUGAUGCUU